AUGGGGGCUUAUAGCCUCUCUUUCAACUUCUAUGCAGCUUCAUGCCCUUCAGCUGAGUUCAUCAUAAGGGACAUAGUUACCUCUUCCUCUUCCAAUGAUCCUUCCAUUCCAGGAAAGCUCCUCCGCUUGGUUUUCCAUGAUUGCUUUGUGGAGGGAUGCGAUGCAUCUUUGAUGCUAAUUGGGAACAAUACUGAGCAAACUGAUCCAGGAAAUAGGUCUGUUGGUGGAUAUUCAGUUAUAGAAUCAGCAAAAAGACUCCUUGAGAUGCUUUGCCCUGAAACUGUUUCUUGUGCGGAUAUCAUUGCUCUUGCAGCCAGAGAUGCAGUUGGAAUUGCUGGCGGACCAAUGGUUCAAAUUCCCACAGGAAGAAGAGAUGGAAUGGUUUCGCUUGCUUCGAAUGUCAGGCCUAACAUCGUGGACACAAGUUUUACAAUGGAUGAGAUGGUUAAGCUUUUCACAUCUAAAGGAUUGUCUGUUCUUGAUCUUGUCAUCCUUUCAGGAGCUCACACCAUCGGAGUGGCUCAUUGCAAUGCAUUCAGAGGCCGAUUCCAAGAAGACACGAAGGGACGGCUCACACUCAUCGACAAGACUCUGGACAGUAACUAUGCUGUUGAGCUAAUGAAACAGUGUCCAGCAAGUGCAAUGGCAUCUGCUACAGUGAACAAUGAUCCUGAAACACCUAUGGUCUUUGACAACCAGUACUAUCGGAAUCUCUUGGUGCACAAAGGGCUUUUCCAGUCAGAUUCUGCUUUGCUGAAUGAAAACAGCACAAGAACAAUGGUGAAGGAUUUUGCAAACAAUCAACAACUUUUCUUUGUAAAUUGGAGCCAAGCUUUCUUGAAGCUCACAAGUGUUGGAGUGAAAACAGGGAAUGAUGGUGAAAUUAGACGUACUUGUGCAUCAACUAAUGCAUAA